AUCGAUGCCGUCGCACAGCACGUAGUGCGUGAUAAUCUCAUUCCAAAGUGUACGACGAGGAUGUCCCCGCACAAGGAGCCGCUUUCCCGUCUACAGGAUGACGAAAUGUAUUCGUUUAGUAGAUCGCUAAGAAAUCAGGAAUUGUCACGCACAAGAGACAAACGCAUUUCUUUUAGUGAGAAUGAAAAAAGGGACGAAUACGAAUUAGAUUGUGCUUACGGCAAGAAUAACGUCAAGUUGCUGUACGUAAAUCGGAAUAAUGAGCCUUACCAUGACAUUCGCGAGUACGAGAUCGACACUCACUUACGUCUGUACGGCCGGAAGGAGUUUAUCGAGGGUGACAAUCGCGACAUCGUCUCGACGGAUAGUCAGAAGAAUACGGUGUACCUGCUAGCGAAAAAGCACGGCGUUCAAUCGCCCGAAACGUUCGCGCUUCUACUUUGCUCUCACUUCCUCUACACGUACAAACACGUGGCGCAAGUCAGUAUCAACGUCGAGGAAUACCCGUGGACCAGGUAUCAUCAGGCUAACAACCGGCCGCAUAAUCACGCCUUCAUUAUGAACCCCACUGCGACGAGAUUCUGCCAAGUCAGUCAGGUCAGAAAUGGACCGCCAGAAAUACGCGGUGGAUUAAAGGGGCUGCGAGUGUUGAAAACCACUCAGAGCUCGUUUGUAAACUUCAUUCAGGACGAAUACGGUACGUUGCAAGAUACGCACGAUCGUAUUUUCAGUACUCUUGUAAUGGCAGCGUGGGAUUAUUCCACCGCCGAGGUAGAUUUUGAUGGUGCUUGGCAUAUGGUGAAGGAGUGCAUUCUACAGAAUUUCGCGGGUCCAUCAGAUACGGGGAUUCACUCGCCCAGUGUGCAGAAUACGCUUUAUCUCACAGAAAAGUGCAUACUUGAUAAAGUUAAGCAAAUUAGUAGAAUCGAGAUGCAAAUGCCGAACAAGCAUUACAUCGAUUUGGAUUUCAGCUCGUUCACCAAAUUAAGAAUAGAAGGACAGAACAAGGAAGUUUAUCUACCCUUAGAUAAGCCAUCAGGUAUUAUUUACGGUCAAUUAAGCAGAAAAGAUUCCUCGGCCAAAUUAUAGACAUGUAUGAUUGUUGAGUUAUUAAUAAAGUUUAAAUUUUUUGUAAU